ACCUUCUUCCGGGUCAGGGGUCAGUAAUGGCGACCAUAGAAAGAAUGACAAAUAUUUUCCAGUUUAUGAAACUUAUCGGACAACUUAAAAGAAUCCCUCGGACCGGCUGGGUUUACAGGCAGGUGAAGCGUCCAGAGAGCGUGGCCGAUCACAUGUACCGCAUGGCCCUGAUGGCCCUGACCGUCCCGGAUCCCACAGUGGACAGAGACAGGUGCAUAAAACUGGCUCUGGUUCAUGACAUGGCGGAGUGCAUUGUGGGAGAUAUCGCUCCAUCAGAUAACAUCAGUAAAGAAGAGAAACACAGACGAGAAGAGGAAGCGAUGAGACAUCUCACAGGUCUGCUAUCAGAGGGACUCAAACAGGAGAUUUAUGGACUGUGGCAGGAAUAUGAAGACCAGAACAGUGCUGAGGCCAAGCUGGUGAAGCAGUUGGACCUGCUGGAGAUGAUCCUGCAGGCUCAUGAGUACGAACAGCUGGAGGGAACACCUGGUCGGCUGCAGGAGUUCUUCGACUCCGCCAGUGGUCGUCUCCACCAUCCACACGUGCUUCAGUUUGUCAGCUGUCUGAACGAAGAGCGAGGAAAUCACAUGACCGAAACUGCUGGAGCAAAGGACUCUGGGAACUCUGACUCUUAGAGUCAAAAAGCUGAUGUGCAGUUACAUGACCUCACAGGAUGUGAACACACUGGUUUCACGUUUGAGACUUUUACUGAAGAUGAUGAUGACAGUUCAGUUUUUUGUUGCCACUGUAUUGAUAAAAACUUUGGACACUGUUUUGUUGCAGUUUAAUCAUUUGAACAAAAGCAGGUUGAAUGUGGAGUAACAGUCAAACAUUUGUUUUUUCCCCUCAAUAAUCCAAACAAACAUUCUCUUUAUUUCUUUCUAGUUAUAAAUAUUAGAAAUGACAUGUUCAAAUCUAUGACCCUGUUUCAGACGUGUGUCGAGGAUCUGAUCAAACCUGUUUACAUAUUAGAUGGCAUUCUGUUGUUUUGAAAUGUUUCCAAAUGUUGUGAAAAUGUUGAUUUUUUUUAUUUAAGCUUAUUUUUCAGCAGAGAGCUGAAAUUAAAGUGACUGACUGACUGUUCAAACAUUUCUAAAACACAUCUUGGACUUUGAGUGUGCUCAGAACAGAUGAAACCUGGAUGUUGAUGUUGCAAUAGAUUAAAAAAAAAUAAAACAUUUGCCACCGUAUACGUGAGGUAGCAUAUAGUAAGCUAAUAGGUCCACCUGAGAAAAACUAUCAAAAUUAGUAUAACAAGGUAAAUGUCUGUUGUAACAAACUGUCCAUUUAGUUUAAGCGUCAACAGUCAUACACAAACAGAUGCUGGUUACAUGCUAGCUAGCAAAUGUAGCCAACAUGGAAACCACCAAGCUAGCUAACCUUAGCUUCCCAGAUAUGUUGAUACAUUUGUAUUACGAAACACUGUCUUACC